ACUAUCAUUAAGAAGCCGCUUACAAAUCACAAAAGGUUUUUUCGCAGAGACGCUAGUCGUAAUAGAUAUAAGUAAUUUGUUAAAAGCAAACAUAGCGCUUGAGAAGUGUCGCAAAAUGGUUGAAGCCAAUGGAAUCGAACUCACGGAACAUGAAGCUGAGCUGUACGAUCGUCAAAUUCGUUUGUGGGGACUGGACUCGCAGAAAAGAUUGCGUGCGGCUCGCAUUUUGAUUGCCGGGCUCAACGGAUUAGGAGCAGAAAUAGCCAAGAAUGUCAUCCUAUCAGGCGUGAAAGCUGUUACUCUUCUUGACGAUAAAGUCAUUCAAGAGUCUGACUUCUGUUCGCAAUUUCUCGCUCCACAAUCAUCACUCGGCACUAACAGAGCGGAGGCUUCGCUUUCACGUGCGCAACAUUUGAAUCCGAUGGUAGAGCUAAAGGCUGAGACCGAAAAGUUGUCGGAUAAACCGAACGAGUAUUUUAAAAACUUUGACGUCGUAUGUAUCAUUGGAGCGUUAACUGAGGAAUUGCUUCGCAUUGAUGGGGUGUGUCGCGAAACUGGGAUUAAAUUCUUUGCAGCGGACCUUUGGGGUAUGUUUGGAUACAGCUUUGCCGAUCUACAGGAACACAACUUUGCCGAAGAUGUCGUUAAACAUAAGAUCAUCUCAAAACCUAAUGAAAAGACCAAGACCGAACUGGUAACGUCAACGGUCAAAAGGACCUUGGUUUAUCCAUCAUACCAAGCAUUGCUAGACUUUGACUUCAAGGCCCAGUCAUAUGCUAGAAAGCUCAAACGUUCAGGACCUGCCUUGCCGCUGCUGCGAGUGUUGCAAAAAUUCCGCGAAGUAGAAAAGCGUGAUCCAUUGUACUCGGAUCGCGAAAAUGAUUUGACAAAGCUAUUGAAGGUGCGUGAUGAACUGGAAGCAACAGUGGUUCCGGAUAGCGCAUUGACCCACGUAUUUGCCCAGAUCUCACCAGCAGCUGCCAUCGUGGGCGGUGCCGUUGCUCACGAAAUCAUCAAAACUGUCUCGCAGAAGGAAGCUCCCCACCACAAUGUAUUUCUCUUCGAUCCGGAAAGCUGCUGUGGUUUCAUCGAAUCGAUCGGAGGUGAAGCUUAGAAGAAGCACCAGUAGAGCUUUUCGUAAAGUGACAAUUAUUUUAAAAACAUUCUGAUAAUAACUAAUAAAAUGCACAAUAAUAUUCCAAUGAAAA